CACAUGCUUUUAACCAAGCUAUCCGUCUUACGUGUGAACCGCGGGGAAGCUUGGGGAAUACGCUUGUGGAUCUGUGACAGUACAAAAGCGUACCAAAGCUACUGGUACUAAGUUACUCCGUACCACGCCUGCCUAGCUAUUUAUUAUUAGUCGAUCCCAUUGCCAUUGCGUCCACGUUGCUGCUUUGCAAAAAUAUCACAGCGUCUCCCCAACACCGGUCACAAUGGAGCUACGCUACAAUACCAAGGACGAGAUUCUGGCGGCUCACGAGGAGCUGCGCCGCUCCUUUGACUCUCAUAUCACUCUGGACAUCGAGUUCCGCAAGCAUCAACUCAAACAGCUCUCUUUUCUCCUAAAAGACAACGUGGACGCGCUUGCCGACGCGAUCAGGAAGGAUCUGGGUCGUUGUCGUUUCGAAACUGUGUUUGCCGAGAUCAUGGUCACCACCAACUCUGCGGUUGAAGCACAUCAGAAUGUUGAUUCUUGGGCUAAGAAUGAAUCUCGCUGGGCUGGUGCAGUGUGGGCUUUCCACAGCCCGACUGUGCGCAAGGAGCCUAAGGGGACCGUGCUUGUCAUUGGAGCUUGGAACUAUCCCAUCUCUGUGCAGAUCGGGCCCAUGAUCAGUGCGAUAGCCGCCGGCAACACCGCGAUACUGAAGCCAUCGGAGGUUGCCGCUCAUUUCGCGAGCUUGCUGGCCGAUCUCUGGCCCAAGUACAUGGAUCCACGCAUGACCCGGGUUAUCAAUGGUGGUGUUGAAGAGACAGGCCAGCUUCUAGACCUCCGGUGGGAGCAUAUCCUCUACACCGGCAACGGACGAGUUGGCAAAAUUGUGGCCGAGAAAGCGGCACAGUGGCUGUGUCCAACGACGUUGGAGCUUGGAGGAAAAAGUCCUGUUUUUGUCGACGAGAGCGCUGAUUUGAAGAUUACCGCCCAUAGAAUAUUGUGGGCUAAAUCUGUCAAUUGCGGUCAGACUUGUAUUGCUCCCGACUACAUUAUCUGCACCCCCGGAGUUCAAAGCAAGUUGAUCAAGGAAUUCGAAAUCGCCUAUGGUGAGUUUUGGCCCAAUGGUCCCAAGUCGUCCCCUGACUACGCUCGAAUUGUCAAUGAAAGGCAAUUUGGACGACUGAACAACAUUUUGGAGACCACAAAAGGCUCGAUUGUUAUUGGUGGUGAGCGGGACGCAAGCAUCAAGUUUAUGGAGCCCACCAUCCUCAAGGACACCCCUCGAGGCGACAUCUCCAUGUCCGACGAGAUUUUCGGUCCCAUUCUUCCCAUCAUCACUGUAAAGGAUAUGGACGAAGGGUGUUCCUUUGUGAACAGCCGUGACCAACCUCUAGCACUCUACGUGUUUGGAAACAAGAAGGUCACAGAGGAAAUCGCACGGAAGACGAGAUCCGGAGCUUUGGUUCAGGGAGACCUGAUGCUUCAUUUUUGUGUUGAGUCUCUUCCUUUUGGUGGCACCGGUCCUUCUGGAUACAGCUCAUUACACGGAAAAGCGGGCUUCGAUACCUUCUCGCAUGCUCGAGCCACGAUGAACGCGCCGGCUUCCGGUAUUCUGGGCUGGAUUGUGGAAAAGCUCAUGUCUCCUCGUUAUCCUCCCUAUACGGACGGCAAUCUGGCAAAAUUGUCGUUGCUCGCCGGAAGAAAACUUCCAUUCAAGCGACCUCCUCAAAGUUACCGCGGUGCACCAACUGGUAAGAUGACUAGAUUCUUCAACUCUACAACGGUCCUCAUCCUUUUUCUCGCAUUUCUCUAUCGUCUUUAUGGGGGACAGGCCCUAGCCUUCCUUCUCCGUUGAAAUCUCGUUUAUAAUCUCUUUGCGGAAUCUAUGUCUACUCCUAAUAGUGUUCAAGCUGACAGACCAUAAAUCAUAAGUAGCAUCCUAGAGGAGUAGCCAAGCGUGCCCGGAACUGGGGCAGGGAGCUGAUCCUAGCCUCGUCUACUAACCAGACUGAUGGCCAUUUAUGUCUAAUCUAUAUACGGCUGGUAGGAAGAACUGACUAAGAUAUAAGACUCUUUGCCUUGCAUUUUGCUUCAACACCGCAUAUGCUGAUCUUCGUGUAACUAUCCACGCU